AUGCGUCUCCACGGCUGCUGGUCCCGCGCCUCCUCCCGCCAGCUCGCCGACUGCUGGGAGUUGCUGUUGCAGGCCUGUGCCCUUACCUCCCGCGACUCUUCUCCGCUGUCUGCCCACCUCGGCUCAGCGAUGCCGGUUGACCUCAGCAAGUGGUCCGGGCCUUUGAGCCUGCAGGAAGUGGACGAGCGGCCGCAGCAUCCGCUGCAGGUCAAAUACACGGGGGCGGAGGUCGACGAGCUGGGCAAAGUGCUGACGCCCACCCAGGUUAAAAACCGGCCCACCAGUAUUGCAUGGGAUGGCCUUGAUCCAGGUAAACUCUACACCUUGGUCAUGACAGACCCAGAUGCUCCCAGCAGGAAGGACCCCAAAUACAGGGAAUGGCACCAUUUUCUGGUGGUCAACAUGAAGGGCAACGACAUUAGCAGUGGAACAGUCCUCUCUGAUUACGUCGGCUCUGGGCCUCCCAAGGGCACAGGCCUUCACCGCUACGUCUGGCUGGUUUACGAGCAGAAUGGACCGCUGAAGUGUGACGAGCCCAUUCUCAGCAACCGAUCUGGAGACCACCGUGGCAAAUUCAAAGUGGCAUCUUUCCGCAAAAAGUACGAGCUUGGGCCCCCGGUGGCCGGUACAUGUUACCAAGCUGAAUGGGAUGACUAUGUGCCCAAACUCUAUGAGCAGCUGUCUGGGAAGUAGGGAAAUGCUAGGAGACAGAAAGCAUCCUGGAGGUCUGGAGCAGUGUUCUCAAGUUCAGUGUUGCAUGUAGAUUUCUCUGCUUUCCCAUGUCCCAUCCUCACAUGUGAGGCCUGAGCAAUCAGAUAGUGGUUUAGAGUGACUUUUCCUUCUGCCUGUCCUUUUAUAAUUUCAGAGAGUCACAUCCCAGUUUAUGUUUUGAUCAAAUUUGAACUCCUUUGUGAGGGAUAUAUUGGUACCAGGAUGGGGUCAUCACAUUGUUAAUAUGAGAGUAGCAACCCAGAAUUUAAGAAAGAAAAAAUUCAGGUAAAAAGACCAGGUCUUCUAGUAAUAGAGCAGAGCAUCAAAGACUCGUGAAGGGAGGUUUAAAAAAAAAAAAAAAAAAAAGAUUCGUUGCCUCUGCCUUUGUGAGCUGAGUCUGGAAUUGUGCAUGAUGGCACUUCUGGGUCAUGUUUCCACGGCCGUGUCUCUCACCAAGAAAGCCAGAGGCUGGUGUGUCCACUAACCCCCAACAUCUCAGACUAUUUACUAGGAGUAAGUGUCCUGCUCUGCCUCCUUGAAAUAGCAGUAUUGGAAAAAGCAAUAGGGAGAGUUGCUUUGCGGUUAAGGCACUGCCAUUUAGAUGAACUACAGGGCUGAGUGAGUUUGUCAAAAAUCCCUAAGUUGUCUACCUGUUGAACUGGUCACUCUUCGUCUGUGUAAGAAAAGCCGAUCUGGGGUUGCGGACUAUUGUGUUAAUUAUGCUGUUUGCUUAUAGUUGAAUAAAAGUAAAAACAUUGUGUGGAUGAA